AUGCAUAAUUUAAGAUCGAAACCCGAUAACUGCUAUGCGAGUAAUACUCUACCUGGCGUAUGGAAUAACAUUGCGGGCAUUAGAAAAGAUUUGGUAAAGAAGAAUAUUCCAGUUGAACAGGUCCUAACCAAAAAGCAAGACCCAAUUAGAGACUACUGGCACUGUAGUCUCACCUCGGAUGGAUCUUUCAUUGUCAAGGCUCUAAGGAAACUUUGGGAUUUCAGUCCGCCGAUUGCUAAUGGUAAGUUUACUUGGCUAAAAGAAAUUCCAAUUAAGGUGAUGUGCUUUAUUUGGCGAGCAAGACUGGGUAAAAUCCCUUCAGCCACUGCUUUAUCAUCCAGAGGGGUAGUUUUGGAAACUAAUUUAUGCAGUCACUGUGGGACCAUGGAGGAAAGUGCCGAUCAUGCAUUAGUUGGAUGUGAGUAUGCCCGUUUGGUACUAGAUUUGCAUUCUGAAAUGGUGCGGGGUUACAAUAUCUAA